ACUCAUCGUAACAACCAUAAAGUUGUUAAUUUUAGUGAUCUUUGCGUUUGCAGUAAAAAUGCCUAAAUAAUGCCAGUUCGCAUAAAAGCUUUGCUAUCGCCGGAGGGCUUUUCACAAUUUUCCAUUGGCGACAAAUCAAUGCGUUAGCUGUUGCCAGCGAGGGAUAACCUUGGGCGGUUUCAACAUCCAGAUAUUAAUUAAUUGGACUGGAAAUUUUAAUAAAACCGAAAGACAUCCGCUGUAUCAGUCAGAAGCUUUCGCCUUGUUAUCAUCCAGCCGGCUUGGUCAUCAGUGAUAAGACAAAAACAGUACCGUCAUUUUCACCGGCUGACUCGACUGACACGUAACAUGGAUGACAUAGUGCCCGAUGUUGUGGAUGCGGUUCCCGCUGGCACCGUAAAGGUCACCUAUAACGGAGGCCUUCAGGUGGACCAGGGCAACGAGCUGACGCCCACCCAGGUGAAGGAUCAACCGGCUGUCGACUGGUCGGGGCUGGAGGGAAAGUCCAACCUGAUUACCCUGCUGAUGGUAGACCCCGACGCGCCCACUCGUCAGGAUCCCAAGUACCGCGAGAUCCUGCACUGGGCUGUGGUCAACAUUCCCGGCAGCAAUACCGAUCCCUCCGGGGGCUAUCCCCUGGCAGCCUACGUGGGCUCCGGUCCGCCGGAGGGCACUGGCCUGCAUCGCUACAUUUUCCUGGUCUACCGCCAGGAGAACAAGAUCGAGGAGACGCCCACCAUUUCCAACACCACUCGGGCCGGUCGUUUGAACUUUAACGCCCGGGACUUUGCCGCCAAGCACGGAUUGGGGGAUCCCAUCGCCGCCAAUUAUUACCAGGCCCAGUACGAUGACUUUGUGCCAAUCCGGAAUAAAACGUUCACCGGCUAGAUUUGUGCAUAUAUCACGCCGGACUUUCUGUGCCCAGUCAAUAAAGCCUAACCAAUCGCUUA